CCUGCAUUUCAGUUUCACGAAUUAUUGAAUCAUAAUUCUACAUUUUUCCGUUUGAAGAUUGCUCCUUCUGUUUUAUUUUGUGCCUGAUCUUUUUCAAUUAUUCCUGGAAGGAUGGCUUAUGUGCCAACGAGAUAUUUGUGCAUCUUGCAAAUGAGUCAUAACCUUAUAUUUGUAUAUAUAUAUUAGGACUUUUUGUGUAAUGGGAUUCAAUUAUGAUGAUGGGCUGUUAAGAGGUUAUUAUGUUGGUUGCAAAUGAUGAUUGAUUCUUGGGCAUUUUAAUGUUGGAGAGAAACAAAAGCAGAAGAAAUUUCUUUGGUGUUGCUAUUUGUUAAAGUUGAUUCUCUAAUUCGUGAAGGAAUGGAAUGUGGUGUUGGAUUGAAUCUGAAAACGGAUUGUUUGAUUUUGAAGGAAUAGAAUCCUACGCUUUAUAGUGCGGUAUGUGAAAUUUAGAUCAUCAUCUACAGAGAUUGUGAGUAGAAUGGGUAACCCUGUACGGAGAGCCGUGGUUUCUAGUGGCUGGCAUUUGGGAAGAACAAAUGAAACAAUGAGGCUAAUCAUAACCACUUUUGUGGGGAUUAUAUUUGGCUUUGUUUUAGGUGUAUCUUUUCCCACACUUUCAUUGACCAAGGUUAACUUAUCAUCAAACAUAUUUCCUUCUGUUGAUCUUACUUACAUAGAGGACAAGUACUCGGGUCUCUCGACUCAAGCACUUUUAAAUGUAUGGUCGGCUCUUAAAGGAAUGAGAGGCAUCUCGCGCAAAUACAACAACACUAAGAUCUGGGUUCCAACCAAUCCUCGAGGUGCAGAGAGACUACCACCUGGCAUUCUCGUAGCCGAAUCUGACUUGUACACUCGCAGAUUGUGGGGUGUUCCUGGCGAGGACCUAAUUGUUAAGCCAAGAUAUCUCAUGACCUUUACUGUUGGUUACGACCAGAAAGACAACAUCAAUGCUGCAGUAAAGAAGUUGACAGAGAACUUCCAAGUUCUGUUGUUUCACUAUGAUGGCCGGCCAAGCGAAUGGGAUGAAUUUGAGUGGUCUAAACGGGCUAUACACGUGAGUGUGAGGAAGCAAACUAAAUGGUGGUACGCGAAGAGAUUCUUACAUCCUAACAUUGUGGCCCCAUACGACUAUAUCUUCAUCUGGGACGAAGAUCUUGGAGUUGAGAACUUCAACCCAGAGGAAUACAUAAAGCUAGUGAGGAAGCAUGGGCUAGAUAUUUCACAGCCUGGUUUAUCCCCCGACAGUGGUAUGACGUGGGAGAUGACGAGAAGGCGAGAAGACACCGAAGUCCAUAAGGACGCCGAGGAAAGACCAGGCUGGUGCACGGACCCUCAUCAGCCACCCUGUGCAGCUUUUGUCGAGAUCAUGGCCCCUGUUUUCUCCCGGAAUGCAUGGCGCUGUGUGUGGCAUAUGAUCCAGAAUGACUUGGUCCAUGGAUGGGGCCUUGAUUUUGCUCUUAGAAAAUGUGUAGAGCCUGCUCAUGAGAAAAUAGGAGUCGUGGAUGCUCAGUGGAUAGUGCAUCAGACUGUUCCUUCACUUGGGAAUCAGGGUCAAGAGGAGGAAGGCAAGGCGCCAUGGGAGGGGGUGAGGGAGAGGUGUAAAAACGAGUGGACUAUGUUUCAAGAUCGGUGGAUUGAAGCUGAGAAAGUAUAUUUUGAGGCCAUGGGUAUCGAUCCUCCUAACUCCACGAUUCGUUAUUAGGUCGUUGUGGUUUUUUUAUUUUUUAUUUUUUAUUUUUUUUCCUCGCGGUCGUUGUGGUUCAUUGUAGGCUGUAGCUUAGGUAUAUGUAUUGACCUUCAUCUUCUACUCUCUACUGUAUUUCUCCCUUUUUUGGAGAUGUAGGAGAUAUUGGUUCAUGUACAAGAAUUGAAUCUCAUCUGUAACCGAGUUCAUACAAGUGAGCUAGCUCAUCUGUGGCUUCAUUUAGUAUUUAUUCAAAAUUUACUUACUACUACUAAA